UAAUGCCCUCUAGUGCUCUCGCACUGCUCCGAUUGCUCCGAGCAGUCUGCUCGCAGCCACUCGCAGCCCUCUAGUGCCGAUCGGUCGGAUCAGUUUUGUGUUGAGUUUUGUGUCAUUUGUGUCAAGUUUUGUGAUCAUGGCGGACCCGUUGAGUCUGUUGCGGCAAUAUAAUGUUAAUAAAAAGGAGAUAAUCGAACGUGAGAACCAGAUUAUAUUCGGUGAAUUCUCCUGGCCGAAGAACGUCAAGACCAAUUAUCUGACCUACGGAUCUGGAAAGGAAGGCACAGCCAAGGAAUACUAUACUCUCGAAUGUCUUUUAUUCCUGCUCAAACAUGUUCAGCUCACACAUCCAGUAUAUGUGCGACAGGCAGCCGCAGAAAAUAUCCCGGUGGUGCGUCGGCCCGACAGAAAAGAUUUGCUGGCCUAUCUCAAUGGCGAGACUGCCACGUCAGCCGCCAUAGAUAAAUCGGCGCCGUUGGAAAUUCCGACUCAGGUAAAACGCGCCGCCGAGGAUGGCUUGGAAAGCGGUUCGUCGAAGAAACCCCGUUUUGAGGAGACCCACGUGCAAAAGGUGAAGGAACAACUAGCCGCGCGUCUGGAUGCUCCUAAAGAGGCCUCGGUCACUGUCGACAAUAUCAAAUCUCUCUCGGAGGCGAUGUCAGUAGAAAAGAUCGCCGCGAUCAAGGCGAAACGUCUGGCGAAGAAGCGCACCACCAUCAAAGAGGACGACAUUGGCAUAGGCUCGGACUUGCGUGUAAUCCUUGAUAUGGAUGUAGACGAUACAAAGGACAUCGUGUCCCGCGAGCGCCAAUGGCGGACACGUGCCACCAUCUUGCAGAGCAGUGGCAAGAUCUUUGCAAAGAAUAUCUUUGCGAUUCUACAAAGUAUUAAAGCGCGCGAAGAAGGUAGGCAAAAAGGCCCGGCCGUGCCAACGCCUAUGGUGACACCGCGCUCGACGCCAAUGCGACCACUGCCGCAACCGGCUGUCUACAAUCGUUACGAUCAGGAACGUUUCAUCCGACAGAAGGAGGAAACGGAAGGUUUCAAGAUCGACACUAUGGGCACGUAUCAUGGAAUGACGCUAAAGUCCGUGACUGAGGGCACGAAUCCCGCCGUGAGGAAGCCCCCGACCAAUCCGUCCAUUACGCCAACUUCCGGUUUACUGCCGACUUCCGCUGCUAAAUUAACGCCUCAGCAAGCUGCACAGAACAAGCGACCAAGUCGAACGCCUAUUAUCAUUAUCCCCAGCGCCAACACGUCUCUCAUUACUAUGUACAAUGCCAAGGACAUUCUCCAGGAUUUAAAGUACAUCAGCAAUGAGGAUAAACGAGCGCAGGGUUGCAAGCGAGAAAAUGAGGUGCUUCUUCAACGGCGCAAGGAAGGCGGUCUGACUGUACCUUACCGGGUUGUCGAUAAUCCACAAAAGCUCACCAAUGCCGAUUGGGAGAGAGUCGUUGCUGUAUUCGUCAUGGGACCAGCAUGGCAAUUCAAGGGCUGGCCAUUCGAUGGCAAUCCAGUGGAAAUCUUUUCGAAAAUAUGUGCAUUUCACUUGAAAUAUGAUGAGAUGAGACUGGACACGAAUGUAGCGCGAUGGGCCGUCACGGUAAUCGAAUUAAGUCGGACAAAAAGGCAUUUGGAUAGAGCAGCUUUAAUGAUAUUUUGGGAACAUCUCGAUAAACAUAUGAUCAAGAACAAACCACAUCUUCGCUUCUGAAAUUCCAAAGCCAUUCAAAUUGCAGAAAUUGUAAUAUACCAAUCGUGUGGCGUUCUAUGCCUCCAUCGAUUGAAAAAUCUUAUGAAAAGAUAUAGGACCAUGAGGCUUUUCGGCGAUGGUGUUGCGACACUGAUUACAUGCGGAUAAAGGUAUCCGUGAUAAGCGAUGUGAUGUGUGAUGACUGGACUGUUGUCACAUUACGUUAGAUGCGUUUACAUUUUAUUGUUGCUUGCACGAAUAAAAUACUAAAAAAAAAAAAUUUCAAAUUAUA